GGAUACGGCAGCACUCCCAAGUGUUAGAUGUCGCCAUCACAAGCCUCCGGCUGGGCCACACCACACUCAGUGGUCACCUGCAUUGCCUACGUCUGUUCCCUGUUUAUCCAGAAGUCUGUCUCCUGAUCCCUUCUGUCUUUGGUGUAGGACUCCCACUGCACUGCACUACGCUCCCAGUCCCGGCUUUUCGCCUGGGCAUCACAACACUCGACUUGCCCACUCUCCUGCUGCGGCUUCAGGCGUCCACCCCUCUCGGCAACCUGCUGUCUAUCGCCUUACCUGUGGCUUCUUGAGGAAGACCGGCCAACUACCACGCCUGUGGUACGCACACAGGACCAUCCCAGGGCUCAUAAGGAUCUACAGAUCUUCGCGGCCCAAACACCAAACAACAACAAGUUACAAGUGUAGCAACUUACCAAGUGCUGGGUAGUGGUGGUGUGGUUUGCAGUCAGGAUGCAGGUGUUUGGGUCUCUGUGUCCUCGCGGUGUACGGGUGUUAGGUGUACAUUCUAGAGUACCAGUGGUGAGUUGUGUGAGAGGCAUCAAACAUGGGGAGAAUGAUGCUAUCAAUCCUAACUUUGUGAACCGCAACCCUCGGAAUAUGGAAAUGCUGCGGUUAGCCCGGAAGCCUGAGGGAUGGAAUCUAGAGGCAUCAUCUUGUAUAUAUUGGUACAAAUUGGUCCUAGAGAAAAGCAACAGGCACUCCACAGGCUGGGUUGAGCACCACACUGGCACCCCUGUUGUCGCUGCUUCCACCCGAGAGUGGGCCAUCAAGCACCAUCUGUACUCUACUACCGAUAUCAAUGCUAUUUACAACAUAGGGCGUAUUCUGGCGAGGCGGUGCUUGGAGUCUGGUAUUACUGAGGUGUACACCGAACUGGACCAGUAUGCUGAAUCAUCUAGAAAGAUUCAGAAGUUCUUGACUGCUAUGAAAGUGGGUGGUGUGGAGCUAAAGGAGCCACGCUUCAUCCAUGAGCGCAGUGUGGGGAUGUUUUCCCCCCGCAGGUCUGCACUUCCUUGGCAAGUGCAGGAGGAAGUAAUUUCUUCACCAGCUUCUCCUGUCUUAUGAUAACUGAUUUUUCAAAAUUUUGUUUCUGUACAUUCAGUAAAUUUUUAUUUGUUGUUCAAAGUUCUGUUUGGACAUUCAAUAAAUUUUAUUUGUAGA